AUGAAUAGUAAUAAUAACUCACCACAGAGUGUUAAUUCAUCAAAUAAGAGAAUAAAAACAUUAAAGUCAUUGUUAGAAGACGGUUUGAUUACGGUGGAUGAUCAAUGUUACUUUGUUUACAAUAAACAAAACUAUCAGUGUAAGAUCGUAUUAAGAAAUGGAAAAGCUUGUUUCUUUGCAACCGUAGAAGGCAAUGACAUUGUCGAAGACAGAUCAACCACUUUUAUAAAGAAAUACAUUGCAUUCAUACAACCUACAACAACAACAACAACAGAGACAACAACUCCAACAUCACCAUCUGCAUCUGCAUCAACCAUCGAAGGAAACAACAUAAUGUAUAUCAAUAAUAAGAGAAUAUCUGAUUAUGUAUUACUAGAUACUGCAAGCGGUGCUACUUCCAAUCUAACAAAUCAAUUUGCCAACAUGAAUAUGAAUACACCACCACAAUCAUCUAAAUCAAACAACAAUAACAAGAAUACACCACCAUCUUCUUCUUCAUUUUCUCCAUUUAAACAAAAUGUUGACUCUAAUGGAUAUAGUGAUAGCUCUUUCGUUCCUUCUUCAGUGUUACCACCACAAAGAUCAUUGUCAUCGUUUGCAAUUAUGUCUUCAACCAAUCAACACCAGCAACACCAACAACAAAACACAUCAAACAAUUUAAAGUAUAGCUUUAGAAAGAUGGAUGUUGGUGAUGAGAAACAAUCGGGAUCAAUUGAAAUUGAAUAUCAAGAUAUGGAACCUGCUCGUAUAAAGCCAUCGGGUGUAGGUAGAUACUUUCAUUUCAAUUGUGAUAGAUAUCUUGCAUUCUCUACGAGGGAGAAGAGUUCUUCGAAUACUAGUAGUACGGUUAGCAGCAGCAGUCACAAGAAUACAAUGAUUGACGGUGGAUUUGCAUGGGAGGAAAAGGUUGCCGCCACUCUAAAGGGUACUGUACACAUACCAGCCGAAAAUGCAUCGGCCAUCCCUUACUCAAAAACCAUGGAACUUCUAAAGACCGCUUCGGAUUGUGUCAUUUUCCAAUCAACACUAGAACCACCCGCUUCCAUUCGUCGAGCUCUCUUGCCAUCGUCUGUAUCAUUCUCGAUCUCUAUACCAGACUUUUUACAGAUAACAACAAUCAAGAACAGCGAAGGACAGCCUAUCCAUCGGUCACUAAAGAUUCUCGAUGCCAAAUCUACUGGUUCCGUUGUAUUUUCACAAAAGAUACAAUUGGCAUUUUACUAUCUCCUUCUCGGCGAACUGAUUCAAUUGGAGAAGAUCGAUGAUUUGAAGCUGGAUGAUGUGGCAGCGAUCUAUCUCAAGGGAAUCUAUGAGCCUGUUGACUUUCAAUUGCUACCGACCGUUAAGAUUCUCGAGACAUUCCUCUAUGGCGACAAGCAACGACAAUCUCAACUUUUAGCCAUUCUCUCCACCCCGAAAUACGACGCAGACUGGCGACUUACCGAGAGAUGUGAUGGUUGUGAAUAUCUCGAUCACUGCAAAUCUCAAGCAAUCAAAGAAAAAUCACAGAAUCUCUUGCCAAAACCUCUCAGUCCCAAAGUACAAUUGUUGAUGGAAAAUGAGCGUCGACAACAACAAGAUGGUCAAUCAGCUGUAACUGAUUUGGAUUUACUCUAUUCCAUUGCUUUGAAUAGUGACAGAAUCGAUGAUAAUCAAACAAGAAUAGAAUUAGUAUCACUUUUACCAUACAUUAGAUCAAUCAUCAAAUCAAACAGCAACGAUAACAGUUUAAUUUUGACAAGCUACAAGGAUCUAUCGUUAAAUUCUAAACAAGAUCAUGAAGUUUAUCUUUGUUUACAACAGAAUCCAAUUACACAAGAGUUGUUUGGUUAUUCUGUUCUUCAUAUCAAUAACACAUUGGAAGAAAACAAUGAUAGUGGUGCAACCAAAGAAACUGUAUACUCUGGAUUCGAUUCGAGUUCAUUUGUUAAGGAUUUGGCCUCUCUUUUCAACAAGUAUAACAAGUCAAAAGAAUCUCUACAGUGUUUCAUCUAUGAUUACUAUGAGCGAUCUUAUCUCUUUGGUCUACUUGCCGGUCAAUUGAAAUCCGAUCCAACCAACAAAGAUACUCUAACAAUAUUGUUGACACUUUUACACAGCUCGGAAUGGAUCAAUUUCAAUUUGGGUGGUGUAUUCCCCGUAGAAAUCCCAGGAAAUCUUUUGCCAUCAGUCAAUCCUCUUAUUAUCAUCCAAGAACAGGUGUCGAAAUCAAUUGCAACUGGAAUAUUCCCAAUUCUAUCGCUUGGUGCCGUUGCCAAACGAUUACUUUUACUUCCUUCGAUCCCCACUUGUCUGGAUAAUGAUCACAUCUACGUAACCAUUAUUGCACCAAACCAUAAAGACAAGAUUGCUGAAGAGCUAAAGAAUCGUUUACUCUAUACAAAAACAAUCAAAGAUACUUUAUUAUCACAUAUUUUCAAAACUCCAAAAGUAUCAUUUAAUUUUAAAAUUAGGGAUAUCUAUGAAUAUAAGAAUCCACUUUUAAACAAAUUAAAAUAUUGUCAUCAUCAUGAUCUUUUAGCUGGUUGCAAAGAAAUUCAAUCAUCGAGAUCAAGAUCGGUACUCACCAAUGUUUUAGAUGGAAAAUAUUUAAUUGUAAAAUAUAUUGGAUCUGGUGAUUUACAUGUAUUUGAAUCAGUUAUAUAUUUAUCACAUUUCUCUGGAUUCAUGAGAUUGUUUUGUGAUAAAUUUACAAAGAUGAUGUUGGUUGAGAAUUCGGAUGAUGGAUUGCAAAAGCUGGAAUCUUUUAAUGAUAUGUUUUAUAGUACAAAGAAACUACCAGAUGGAACAUUUACAGCAGACAAUAUAACUAUGAAUUUCAAAUCCAAUGUAGAAUCUGACUAUCAAUGUUUGGUCAGUAUAGUUUUGGAGUCAAAGGACUCUACUUUUCAACCUGGAAAAGAAUAUAUCUUAUCACAACGAUUCGAUAUCAACUUUUUCGCACAGUUCCAUCCAAUGAAUAAAGGUUUUGAAGCAGCUGAGCAACAAGGUGAAAAGUCACCAAUGCUCAAUCUCUUUAAGAACCCAUUGCAAUGGACCAACAAUCUUGUUGAAUCUCAGGAUCCAGAUAUCACCAAGUUUAUUGAAGGAAUAGAGAGAACCACCCAGUCAUUCCAAUCGAUUCGUGAUCAAAACGUUGAUCUCAGACUAUCUUUGACAGAUUCACAAUUGGGAAUUGUCAAAUCCAUUGUUCAACGACGUUUACAAUUGGUUGUUGGACCACCUGGAACUGGUAAAACUCAUUUCUUGGCAUUGAUGGUGUUGAUUAUCAUGGAAACAUUGAUUAGAGCAGAGAAGAAAUCGUAUAUCAUUGCAAUCACUGCACAUACUCAUACAGCAAUCGAUAAUCUUUUGGUCAGAAUUGCUGAACUAAAGAAAGAGUACGAGUCAUUUGCUGGUAAUGCACUUAAUUUCCAAAUCGUCAAAAAGGAAUCUUCCAAACUCUCUGAAAGCUUGACAAGCCACAACAUUGUAAAGUAUGAUAAGAAACAUAAAUUCAAUCUUAUGUGUAUUGGUAGUACCUGUUGGGGAUUGAAUACACUUGGUUUAGACUUGGACAUGUUGAUCAUUGACGAAGCAUCUCAACUCCCAUCACCACUUGCAGCCCUGGGACUGAAUGCUGUCAACUUGGAAAAGAGCAGAGUUGUUGUUGUUGGUGAUCCAAAACAACUUGGACCUGUAUUAAAAGCAAGCUUUAUCGUUAGAAAAGAUCUUUCAGUUAGUGAUAAACUGGAACAUCAAGAACCUAAAUUCCACAAAUCCAUAUUCUCUUGUUUGAAAGGUCAAUUAGAAGAUAGAGGUAUUUCAAAACCAUUCAUUUCAUUAUGUGAAAAUUUUAGAAUGACUGAUAACCUUUGUAGAUUCUUUUCAAUUAAUUUAUAUGGACCAAGUUAUCAGAGUUUUCUUCCAAGAAAGGAAGAACCUGUGAACAAAUUGUUGGUUUCUCCACAGUAUGUGAACAACGAUUUAAUUCAAACGAUUUUCAAGAAUAACGAUAUUGGAUGUCAUACAAUCUUGUUGAAUCAUCAACAAUUUGGAAAUCGUUCAGUGGAGGCAGAGAUUGUUAGACAAAUCUAUAAAUUCACUAGAGACAGUCUACAAUUGGAGAAUAAGACAAGCGAUGAGAUUGAAGAACAACUUUGGAGUUCAAAAACAUUGGGUGUCGUCACUCCAAUGAAUAUUCAGAGAGUAGAAAUCCAACAGAUGUUGGUGACUGAGCAACAGAAAUAUGGUUGUCGUGAACAACAUAUGCCACAUGUCACAACGGCAGAGAAGAUGCAAGGACAGGAAUUUGACACCAUUGUCAUUUGUUACAAUGGUUGGAGUGCAAACAUCAAGGAUUCCGAUUUUAUUUUCAAUCGUAACAGAUUGAAUGUCAGUUUCUCUAGAGCCAAGAAACGUAUUGUUCUGAUCAUUUCAUCAUCACUAUUGAAACCCGAUGAAAAAAUCUUUAACAAUCGAAAGACUGAUAAUGCCUAUAGAUUCUUGAAUGAAUUUAUAAAAUACUCUUCCAUACAUAGAUUCCAAGUUGAACAGGUACCAGCUACACCUCUACAAAACUAUAAAUCUCAGUCAACUCCACAGACUCCUCAAUCACCAACCAAUAAUAAUAAUAAUAACAAAGAUGAUACUCCAACAACACCAAUUACAAGUAUAAUAACAACAACUAUUCAAACUAAUCCACUAUCACCUCAAGAUGAACGAACUCUUCAAAGUGAAUUCAUGAGAAAAUUGAAUAUGUCAAAUAAUAAUGAUAAAGAGUAA